ACUACGCCGGGAAAAAAAACGCACCCCAGUUUUUUUAAAACCCCUCGACUAAUUUGCUGCGCCUUACUGGGCAUCAGCAAACCCCUGGACCACGGCUUUAUGUUUACUGAAUCCGGUGCAGAUUGGCACUUUCCCACCGAACAAUGCCCAUUCGUAAGGGAAGCCGGUCGGUAAUUCCCGCUAAUAUCUGACUACCUGCCUGUGAGAUCAUUCUCGGAGCGGGUGGCGGAGAAGAUGAGGGGAGGGAAGGAAAUGGCGGCUUGUGCGGUAACGUUGCGGGCUCAGAUGGAGUGUUUUCUGCAGCUGCCUGCUUGCCAAUGUCCCCCCUCCCCCCAAAAAAAGAAUGACAGGGGGGUGAUGUCACUUGGGCUGAGCUCAGAGCGAGGAUGAAUCCUUUUCGUUGACGAGGGAUCCGCAACCAGUGCCCAUGCCAAUGCGGAAAAGAGGUGUUCGGGGCCUGGUGAAAGGGGGGCUCCUUGGGUCUUCUUUUGGCUCCAUCUCGCCCGGUCGUAGUAAGGACUACUACAUAAUGGCCAUCAUGUCCGGACCAUGGAUGGGGGAGAGGAGGAGGAAGGAAGUCAUUCUCAUGAUCCAAAAAGCUUUGGGCCUACAGCUUACUACUCUUGAUUAUCUAGUUGCCUAGGUACCUACCUAGAACCGGUCUCAGAAUAAUAUCUAAUCUCACCAAACCUAACACUCACACCACUCGUCGCCCAACAAGAGAUGCAGCUCUUCAACUGCAACCCCUCGCCAAGGAGGGGCCUCGGCGUCCUCCUAGCCAUGUUGUGCAUGCUCAUCAGCCUGGCGGCGGCGGCGACCAAGAUCAAGGACGGCGCCGACCCUACCAUCCUCCGCGUGGGUGACAUGUACUACUCUGCCGAGGCGUCGGGCGGCAACGGCGUCAACGUGCGGCGGGCGUCGACGAUCCUGGGCCUGGGCAGCGCCACCUCGGACAACGGCAACAUGAAGCGCGUGUGGACGGCCGGCAGCUCCGACAUGGGCGACGUCUGGGCCCCCGAGAUCACCAUCGACUCGGGCCGCACCUACAUCUACUUUGCCGCCAAGCGCGGCGACGCCAAGCGCACCUUUGUCAUCAGCGCCGACGAGCCCUACGGCGACUACUCGGACGCCCAGAAGCUCGAUCUGCCCGACGACAGGUGGGCCAUUGACGGCGCUCUCUUCACCUUUGAGGGCCAGCGCUGGUUCGUCUGGUCCGGCUGGUCGGGCACCUCAAACGUCGAGCAGAACCUGUACAUCUGCAAGAUGAACUCGCCCACGGAACCGACUGGUCCUCGGUACAUAAUCUCGCAGCCUCGCGAAAAGUGGGAGCGUGACGUGGGCAACCCCUAUAUCAACGAAGGCCCACAGCCCAUCGUGGACCCCAACGGACAGCUGCACAUUGUCUACUCGGCCAACGGUAGCUGGGACAACAAGUACUGCCUGGGCGACCUGCGGCUCCGCAAGGGCGGCGACCCGACGUACGUGUGGGACUGGUACAAGUCCAACGGGUGCCUGUUCGGGUCUGCGCAGGCCAACAUGAUGUCCGGGUGGGACGCGACGCUCGAAAUCGACGGCCCCGGUCACCACACCUUUGUGCUGCCCAAGGGCGACGUCCAGCAGAGCCCCGGCGGCACCAACCGCAUCCCGUUCGUCUUCCACGGCGUGCGAAAGGGCACCUACUACAGCUGGACGAACCGCGACUGGUUCACCGGCAGCUUCGUCUGGUGGGGGAGCACCACCUACCGCCGCGCCAACGUGCCGGGUGCCAACGAGGACACUGGCUUCGGCUUCAAGUUCUUUGAGUGAUUUGAGACCCGGCCCGAUGCUUGCUUGUUUUUCUCUCUCUUGUAUAUCCGGAAAAACACAGCACGGAUGAGCAAACAGCGUGGGUGGAUUCUGUUGGGACUCUGUAUAUCAUAAUUCUAAUGUCUGAUGAGAUAAUGAUCAAACUUAUUCUUGA